UCCAGCGCUGGCCGUGAUCCCCUGCUCCCAUUGGCUGGCGUAGUGGGGUCUGGUGGGGUGGGGGUGGUUAGUGGCAAGAUAAAAGGAGCAAGUGUCUCUUGUCCUGCUUACGCACACACAAACACACUCACCACAUGCCUGGCUGUCUGUCCAUCUGAUUGUGGACGCUAAAGAGAAAGGAGAGGAUCCACCAUCCAAACAGCUGAAGCUUUGAUCUAAAAAUUUGUACCAUGGAUGCAGCAGAGUUUCGGCGCAGAGGAAGGGAGAUGGUGGACUAUGUGGCUGACUACCUGGAGAACAUAGAAGAGCGACCGGUCUACCCAGAUUUGGAACCGGGGUAUCUUCGUUCCUUGAUCCCCACUGAGGCCCCACUGGAGCCUGAGAAUUAUGAGGACAUUAUAAAAGAUGUGGAGAGGGUCAUAAUGCCAGGGGUCACCCACUGGCAUAGCCCAUACUUCUUUGCCUACUUUCCAGCUGCUUCCUCUUACCCUGCCAUGCUGGCUGACAUGCUGUGUGAGGCCAUUGGCUGUAUUGGAUUCUCAUGGGCUGCCAGCCCAGCCUGCACAGAGCUGGAGACAGUGAUGUUAGAUUGGCUUGGGAAGAUGCUGCAGCUGCCUGAGUGUUUUAUAGCCGGGACUCACGGUAAUGGAGGAGGUGUCAUUCAAGGCACAGCCAGUGAGGCAACCCUGAUGUCCUUGCUCGCUGCCCGUUGUAAAGCAGUGCGACGGGUUGAGGCCUCCAACCCCAAAAUAUUAGAGGCUGAAAUCGUCUCCAAACUGACAGCGUACACCUCUGAGCAGGCUCAUUCCUCAGUGGAGCGCGCUGCUCUGAUUGGUGGAGUGAUGAUGAGGAAGGUUCCUACAGACAACAGCUAUGCUGUCAGAGGGGAUAUGCUUAAGAAGAUGGUGGAGGAGGACAAAGCAGCUGGACUCAUCCCUUUCUAUUUUUGUGCGACUCUUGGCACCACUCCAUCGUGUGCUUUUGAUCGCAUCACUGAGCUGGGGCCCGUAUGUAAUGAUGAAAAUAUGUGGAUGCACAUUGAUGCAGCAUAUGCGGGGAGUGCAUUUAUCUGUCCUGAAUUUAGGCCUUUGUUGAAUGGCAUUGAGUUUGCAGACUCAUUCAACUUCAACCCACACAAAUGGCUUUUAAUCAACUUUGACUGCUCUACAAUGUGGGUGAAGGAGAGAGCAGACAUUAUUGGAGCCUUCAAGAUGGAACCACUCUACCUGAAACACGAAAACCAGGAGUCAGGGCUGGUCACAGAUUAUAGGCACUGGCAGAUUCCACUGGGAAGAAGAUUUCGCUCACUAAAGAUUUGGUUUGUCUUCCGUAUGUAUGGGCUCAAAGGCCUGCAGGAUCAUAUACGCAAGCAAGUGGCCCUGGCCAAAGAGUUUGAGAGUCUGGUGCGAGCAGACAAGAGGUUUGAGAUCUGUAAUGAGGUCAUCAUGGGACUGGUCUGCUUCAGGCUUAAGGGCUCCAAUGAGCUGAACCAGAACUUGCUGAAAAAGAUCACCAAGAGUAGAGAGAUCCACCUGGUGCCUUGCCAGCUCUCUGGCCGCUUUGUCCUGCGCUUCGCCAUCUGCGCACGAACUACAGAGUCACGUCACAUCCAACAAUCGUGGCGGCACAUCACGCAGUUGACCUUUGAGCUUCUGCAGGAACCCAAUCAUUGACCAAAAUGCAGGGGAGGGGCUGUCCACUCUGAUGCUAAAUGAGGACCAAAGUUAGGACAAAAUUCUGAGUUUUAUGUUGUGGAUGUAAAAUGUCACAAAGGGAAUGAACAAUGAUUUCACAGAUCACUUAGCAGUCAAGUAUGUUUGUGUCAGCACCCAAGUUUUCCAGUCUAGUAAACAGUGGUCAUUAUUUUGCAGAUUUUUUGAUUCGGCAAACUUAUUUCCCAUCUACAAAAACCCAAAUGUGCAUAACAAGAAAGGCUGCAGGUUCCAAAUAUUACAAUUUCUAUCUGCAACUUCUCCCUCCAUUGAAUUAGCUUUAUCUCUCACUGUUUAUAUGUCAUUGUGCUCAUCAUAAUCACUCAUCCCCCUGUAGACUUGUCUUUAUUGUCUAUGCCGCUUCUGUGUGUGUGUGUGUGUGUGUCUGUGUGUGUGUGUGUGUCUUCUGUGCGUAAAAUUUGGUUUGGAGUGAAGUAAAUUUUCGGUCGGAUUGAAUUGGGGUAAAGGUUUUGAGCUCUGCAAUGAAUGUAUUGCACAUUAUGUUUUUGUGAAUGAUUUAUGAUUCCAUGUGUGUCUGCAAUUUUCUGUGGGUGCUCAUACAGAAAAAGCUUUUUUUAUGUGUAUGUUUAGGGAUACAUUUUAAGUGAAGGAUUAGAAAUGAAUGGGUUGUAAAAGUGUGGGAAAGAUUAAUUUAUCACAUUAAUAGUAUGAUGAUAUAUUGUAUGUGGGGCUUCAUAGAGCAUUUGAAGUUAAUAACUUCUAACAUUGCUCCAAGUUAUCAGGUUAAACCCCCUAUAUAAGUGCAUUAUUUAUUUAUGGCCUCAUAAGCAAAAUCAGUUGUGUUUAAUAUAUAAUGACAGGCAAGGGCCUAUCAUCUUUAUUAUUCCUACAAAAUUCUUAUUUACUCAUGUUGUGUCUUAUGCACAGUCAGCCAAUAUUUCCCAAAACUGUAGUACAAUCACUCUUCCACUGUAAGUCACCGAAAUGAGAAUGAAAUUAUGCUACUUUUGGGAGACACAGGACCACAAUUUUUUUCUUUAUUGAGUUUAUUCAAUCAUUAGAAUUACACAGGGACUUAAUUUGUGAGAGAGGUUUAAAAUAGUCGCCCUAUGCUCUACUGUAUUCUGUUUCUAUGUUGAGACAGAAAGUCAAAUGAGUAAACUGCUGAUUUGGUGCUAAUAAGGUCAUUCCAGUUUAGCAUUGUGCGUACUGGGAAUCCAGGAUCCUUCAAAUCCCCCAUAAUAGUCUCUCAUCAUGUAUGUUUAAGUUUAAUCCUCGAGAUAAAAGACAGAUUCUCAUGACGAACAAAUGUGAUUAAAACAAAACUGGUCUCCUGCCUGUUGUCCCCACCCACAACAUAUCCUGUCAUUAUGGUUUGUAGAUUGCUGACCCCCUCACAUUUGUCUGCUAUGUAAAUCUAUGGUGGGACAUCACCACACCUUGUUGUGAAUUAAUAUGAUUGUGUAAAAGUCAGCUGCUGACAUUGAUCAAGAUGCUUUCUUUUUGGCUUGGCUGUGUGCUGCAUGCAAUGGUAUGGGUUUAU